CCUUGCCUGGUCAUCUCCUCCUUUCGUAUGCGCAAAAUGCGCAUCGGUAACGUGGUGUCCACUUGUUGUAGCGUGAAUGGAGCUUCUCCUCUCCUGGGUGCAGUCUAGUAUCUGGAAGAUUGCUCACACUAACGCCAUGAGUGGGCUUCUCAAGAGGAAGUUUGAGGAGGUGGAUGAGGACCAGUGUUACUCCUCACCCUCGCCCUCCUCCCUCUCCUCGGCCUGCUCAGCCUGGGACUCAGAGGGGGAGAGCUGCUACUCAGACACCCUGGAUUCCACUCCCAGCAACCCCAGCUCCCCGGCAACAAAUUUCAACACCACGUCCAUCCUUAAGAAAGCCAAGAGGCCGCGACGGGGGAACGUCACCUUUGACCAGGUGACCGUGUUCUUCUUCCCUCGGUGCCAGGGCUUCACCAGCGUUCCCAGUCGAGGAGGAUGCACGCUAGGCAUGAUGCAGCGCCACAGCGCGCUCCGCACGUACACGCUCGCCGAGUUUGCCGUGGAACAGCGGCUUUUACGCCGGGAAAAAUUCCUUAACAGACUCAGGGAGGAGAAGCUAGAAACUCUUAGGUUUAAGCUGACUAAUAACGGAACCCAGGAGAGCGAGGAGGCAGAGCGGCUGACGGUGGACGACAUCCCCGAGCAGGACGUCGACAUCGGCGGAGCCAACCUGGACGAGGGCUCCUUCCUCCAGCCUUACCCGUCAAGAAGCCGCUACACGCUGCUCAAAUCGGCCGGCGUGAAGAAGAUCGACAAGGAGGAGAAGAGGCAGCUGCACGAGCUGAGGCUCUCCAGGGAAAACUGCGGUUGCGACUGCCAGGGCUUUUGCGAGCCGGAGACAUGUAGCUGCAGCCUCGCAGGCAUCAAAUGUCAGAUGGAUCAUUCCUCUUUCCCAUGUGGCUGCACCAAGGACGGCUGCGGUAACACGGAAGGUCGCAUCGAGUUCAACUCUACCAGGGUACACACGCAUUACAUUCACACGAUCAUGAAGCUGGAGCUGGAGAAGAGGCUAGAGGAGCAGUCGGGCACGGAGGAGGAGGAGAGCGCGAGGGGUCUCGCGUCCGUGCCAGCUGUGCCCUCCUUCGCCUUCAGCUCGGAACUGACGGCAGCUGGAGAGAACAGUUGCAGCAGCGACAUGACAGACUUGUCGGACUCCUCGGGGCAGAGCGAGGACUCGGAGGCCGGCGGCAACCCAUGUGACCACCGGACCCAGCUGGACGUGGACGAGCAGGGGCUGAGCCGCAUCCUCUGCUUCAGCGACGCCGAGAACUGCUCGAGAAGCAGCGGGGACGGCGCGAACAAGAACGGCAAAGGCACGUGCUGCCAAGAUCAGAGGCAAGAGGUGGAGGCGUUCCGGAGCUUCAGCAUGGUGGACUUUGCCGACGAGAAUGACAAUAUAGACAUCGCGCUGUUAGAUUCGGCGGACUGCAGCCACACGGACAAUCGAUUAACAGCCAUUUCGGAACUCUUGGAUGAGAACGCCAACCAGGGGAACGCCCUGUUCCACAGCAGUAGCGUGCCACACACGCCCUCCCCCACCAUCGACCGCUCCGCGAGCUACAACAUGGACCUGAGCCUCUCGUCGGAGUCGGACUUGGAGUUCUUCGACGGCUUCCCGUGUCUGGGCUCCAGCUCGCUUUACAACUCCCUGAAGGAGUACGAACACAUGGACAACUCCUUUCACUUUCAGUUGCCUAGCUACCCCAGCUUCCCCGCGGCGGGCGACCCCGGCACCUGUUUCCUAGAGUCACUCAUUGGCCUUUCAGAGUCCGUCCCCGAACCCCCCGCCACAUUUACAGACAAUCAGCUGUUGGAGGAAGCCAUGAAAUUGUCUGUGAUGGAGUCUGUGAAAGUUUAACGAAACAUGCAAAUUUGUCGGACGGUGCAAGGAAAAAAAAAAAGAAAAAGGAGGAGGCGGAGCUUUGGGAGGAGGCCGAACAUGCACACAAGAUGUCAACGUCAAACAUGUUUGAUUUCAGAGGAAGCUGUGAUUUCCCUUUUUUUUUUUUUUUUUUUUUGCCUAAAAAACGUUUUAAAUUCCAGACUUGCCUUCAAAAUGUUAGCAAAGCAGUUUGGGAUUAACGCUGUGUGAGACGGCAGCUAGUGUUAAAAGUGGAAAGAUGCGAAACAAGAGGUCAAUUUGGCCCGGGGCCCACGUAACAAAAAAAACCACACAAAAAAAGAAAGGAAACCAAUGACGGCUCUCGUUUUUCCUAAGAAAGCUCUUUUAACCAAACCAAGAUCACCAACCAUAUGCUAAACAGGAAUCAACCUUUAAUGGGGGCCAGGUUGGAUAUCUCAACACAGCUGAAUGUGCACCUCAGGGAUUUUUUUUCUAGCUUUCUAGCUUUUGGAGGCAAUGUAUGGUGACCAUUGCUGUGAUGACCUUCACAUGAAACCAGAGUCGAAUCACAACAUAGUUUCUUGUCCUCCCUUUGGGCUCAGACAUCCACAUGACCUGAGGAGGUCAGGAGUCCCUGCAUCUUGAAGCUCGUGGACUCCUGUCCUCCUCGACGUCUCUCUCUCCCCAAAGGUCUCACGGUACAAAACAAAAAACAAAAAAUCCCUCUAAAAAGCUCCUUGAUCAGCACUUUAUCUGUGAAGAAUAGUUAUGUAUGAAUAGGCAUUGUUUUGGCUGUACGGGGUCGAUUCAACAGUUCAAACGCUAAAUUAUGGAGUUUCUUAUUUAUGAGCUGGGUAUCUAGAAAAUAAUGGCUCAUACCAUUACAAUCUGUAGCUGUAUUAUCUUCUUUUUCUUUUCUUUUUUUCCUCCUCUUUUUUGUUUUAAAUUAUUUUCCUUUUUACGAUUUAAUUUCUUAUUUAUUUCAGACAAAGCCUACGUUCUCUCGAGAAGCACUGUGGUUUGAUAUUUUCCACCCGAAAGUGCAAUCUUCCUUCCUUCCCUUUUGUUUUCUUUCCCAUAGCGACACCUUUAGGCGUCGCUAUGGGAAACAGGACCACGAGUUCCAUCGGAAAGUAUUUAAUAUCUAUUAUUAUCUUAUACAUUUAACAAUUUUUUUUAUUUUUUUUAUAUUUUUGGUAACUUAUUAUUUCAUUAUUUUUCAUUAGUUAUUUAAUUUAAAGAUGUUUUGGCAAUAAAAAAUGGGGCUGUUG